GAAUGAUAAUUCUUUGAGCCCGACCGAUCGUUCUCCAUCUUCCUCGACACGUGGAACCUUCCCAGAGCCUUGCUACGAGGAUGCUUCUUUUGUUUAUUUAUGCAGCUGUAGUAGUACCAGUUCCGAAAAGCUGUAAAAAUACUACACGGACAAAUGAUAAGAUUCGCGAUCCCGGGGGAAAUCUUUUUACGAGGCUAUAUUAGAUCCGACAGAGCUCCGAUUAAGUUUCCCUUCGAACGACCUACGAACGCGUUUAAAGCGUUUCGUAAUAUCGAACAAAUUCGAUAUCUCUAAAUUAUCAGCAUUCCAAAAUGUUGACACCUCCUCUGUCAGAAUGCUCUGCUUUGCUACUGCUAUGAUGCUUCCGUCUCUCUUCUAGUUAUGCGUUCCUCGUAAGAAUGUGUCUUCCUCUUUCUCCCUCUACCCCUUUCUCUCUCUCUCUCUCUCUCUCUCGCUCUCGCUCUCGCUCUCGCUCACUCGUUCGUCUACCCUCCCUCUCGCGCCUUUUCGUUCGCCGAGCAGUAAUGUCAAAUAUGAAUCGCACGAAUAGGACUGCAUUCCACGGCGGCUCCGUGUUUUUUUACGUGUUCGCGACAUGCUAGCACGUAAUCACGAUUAAUCUGCAAACGUAGUUUUUUAAUAUCCCUUCGUUCGUAUGCAUUUAUAAUCUUCUAGAAGAAGAUAAAGUGCUCGAAAGUUUUCACCGUGUUUCGUGAAUAGAAACUUAGAAAAGGAGAUAUAAAAGUAAUGAAACCUAAGAAAUCUAAAUGAAAUAACAGCGAUCAUGAGCUCGAUUCAACAAAGUGGCAGGUUUCUUCCAUUUUCUAAUAACAAUAUACAAAGAAAGCAGUUGUCAAUGCAAGGUGGUUUACCUCAAAGCCUUAGCGGUAGUGAUACAGAUGUUUCAACUUCGAAUGAAAAUUUAAGCAACGAAGAGCGAUAUGUCAUCCGUCAUACAGCUCGUCAAGAACCACAAGGUCAAGAAAAUCAGCAACAAAGUCCGUCUAGAUCUUCCAGCCAUAAAGAAAAUAUACCCAAUAUUCAAGGUAAUCUACUCAAUAGAAAUAGUUUGAAGGACAGUUUGAAUGGCUCGAACAGAAACAGUUUGAAGGAGAGUUUAAAUGGUUCUAAUCGAAAUAGUCUCAAAGACAGUAUCAAUGGAUCCAACAGAAACAGUUUGAAAGAUAAUUUAAGUAACCGCACCAGCGUAGGUUCUAACAGAAGCAGCUUGGAUGUUUCCACAAGUUCGUACAAUACUCUUAUUAUUCAUAACGCGAAUGAUGACAACUCGUGGACACCGUCAGGAAGACUAUCUGGCAUAGUAAGAGAACAUGGAGAUAUGGGUUAUGUGUAUUGCGAUGGUGGUGGUAAAGGACAUUCAAACAGCCCUACGAUGCAAUCGAUAUCGAACAUCCCUCACGAAGAUCAUCUUUACGAACAAUCUGGAGGUGGAGGUUGUCAAGAAAUUACAGACAUACCUGACGAUUACCUUAGUCAAUCACAGCAGGUAUUAAAGCAUCUCGCCAAGGAAGUAAAAGUGCCUUCUUAUAGUAAACUAGUAAAUAAUGGAGGAAGUAUAGAAGUAAGAAUGAGAGAAAGCGAAAGAGGGAAGCAGAACGACAGUGAAUUCGAAGACAGAUCUCCGCAAUCUUAUGCUUCCACUCUUCUGCCUUUAAAAAAUAAACUUAGAUUUCUUGGACCUAAUGAAAAAUUAACGUUAUCAAGAUCGCAGCCGGACUUAUCAAGGAUUGGUAAAGGAGACAUUGAUUCUUACGAUCCACGAGCUACUUCUCCAAGACCUCAAACCAAAGGUCGGGAAGAAAUAGGAACCGCGAUGGGUGAAAUCUGGCCACCAUCUGAAAUGAUUCAGAUAGUGAUCCAAGAAAACAGUGCCUUAAAGUUAGAGUUAGAACGUUGUUACAACAAAGUUGCAAAGUCUCAAAAGCUGGAGCAAGAAAUAUCAAAGGUUCACCGUGCACACGAGGAACUAGCUGCUUCUUGCGAGCGAAGAGAAAAACUCGAACGUGCAGCUAGAUUGAGGUUACAAAAUGACUGUAGACGAUUGACAGAAUUAAAUCGUGCAUUAAGGGAUCAAAUCGAUUUGUUAUCUUCUCGAACAGAUAGUCCUCCGAUCGUAGAAUCAAUGAAAAAAGAAUUGACGCAACGCGAAUUGCUUAUUGGACAGCUGAUCUCGCAGAAUAAAGAGUUAGCUGCCGCGAAGGAAAGACAAGAAAUAGAAUUAGCUGCACAAAGGGCAACGCUACAAGAGCAACGCACACAUAUCGAUAUUUUGGACACUGCUCUUACCAAUGCACAAGGGAACGUUGUACGUCUUGAAGAAGAGUGUCGAAGAAAACAAGUGUACGUAGAAAGAGUCGGUCAACUUCAACGAGCUUUAUCCUCCCUUCAAGCGUCCAGCGAUAGACGAGAAGAAACCGAAAGACAAUUGAGAGGACAACUUGAAAAAGAAUUAAGAGAGGGAGGUGGGGGAGGUGGUAAUAAUAGCGAACAAUCUUCGAGCGGUGAAACUAUCGCGGAUUUAAAACGACGGUUACGCGAACGAGACGAAAAAAUCAUGUCUCUCGAAGGAGACGUUACUAAAUGGGAGCAACGUUAUCUGGAAGAGAGCGCACUAAGGCAAGCUGCUAUAGACGCAGCUAGUCUUCCAAAGGAUGCAAAAAUUGCCGCUCUAGAAAAAACAAGCCAAGAUGCAGAAAAAUUAAUCGCAGAAGCUCGUUCCGAAAAAAUACGACAUAUGGACGAAGUGCAUGCUGCACAAAAGAAAUUAACUGAUCUCGAGUCGAGAAUGAAAGAUCUGGAGUCGAAGUUAGCCGAGAGGGAUGCUAUGAUAAGAGUUCUACAAAAGCACACAUACGACAAAGAUAAUAGUAGUAGUAGUGGAGUCGGCAGUUAUCCUGCUGCACAUUCGUCUCAUUCAAGUACGUCGGCAGAUCAUCAUACUGCACUGACAAGCACACCAGAACUUGUUAGCAGUGUCUUAGGCACUGGAAGCGGUUAUGGCAGUACCGGAUCUUACGGAGUCACGGACAGUUACAAAUAUCGAAAACAAGGAAGUUUCGAGCAAACGAACAAGAGCCUUGACGAUCAGUUGAAGGAAUUAGAUUCGCAGUUACUCAGCAAGCGGGCACUUUGCUGUUUUCCAGGAUUCUCUAAUCCAGGCACUGCGUCGCGAAAAGGAAAAAUACCCAAGCCAUUAUUGGCGGGUGUAGACAGUACAGGUAGCUCGAGUACCGCUUCGAGCAAGAGUCGUUUGUUGGACGACUCUGGAGGCGAGGCAUCCGCCGGUAUAAUGGAAUUCGCAACAGCGAGCACAAGACUGAAGGGUACCGUUUCGAGAUUGUCGGAUGGCAAGCCGGAGGAGAUGUUGCUGUUGGAGAAACAAGGUAGAAGCUCGCAGAGACAAAGGAUGCAGGAAGGCGAGCCUCGUCGGGCUGGUAGUCUUCCACCGAGUUCGCUUCCACGACCACCGAGAAGUCUCAAGUCUACAAAUUCGCGUUAUUGUCGUCUGAGCGACACGGAGACGCGUAAGAAGUCGGAUCCUGGUCCAGUUUUGGAUUCGUCGAUCGGCAAGGGCCGAGAUUCUGGGAAUUGCACGUUGGAAUAUGGGAGGUUCGACGCGAAGGCACAGCGUAGGAAGAAGUCACCCGGUACGGAUAGUUACGCUCCAAACAGCUCCUUGAAGAAACCGUCGUCUACGUCGGGUCACGAGUACGAGCGACUUCAAGGUGACUCCGAUAGGAAGAAAUUAACGACCGGGAACGACGUUAAGCAUAGGGACGGACAAAAUCGUUCCUUGAUACCGCCACCCUCUCGUCGAAUCGGAGAGUACGGUCGUUUGAGCGACGGCGACGCCUCUGCUAGUAGCAAAGGUGCUCUGAGAAAGCAAACGGGUUCGCGUGGACAGAGUACGGGAAGUACCGUCAGUAGUAAGAGCGGAGGACGAGAUUCUGGUGGCACUGCCAGCAGCGAGACUUCUAUCUCGUCCUUGUCGCCGAUCAAAGCGAGAUCGAUACCGCGACCAGCCAAUUAUCGUAUCCAGUUCUAAUCGGAUACAAUGGAAUAUAAGAAAAAAAAAAAAAACAAAAGAGAGAAAGAAAGAGAGAGAGAGAGAGAGAGAGGAACUUAUAUUUUAUUUGUCUUUCCUCUUUGACCGAGUCAAUUUUCUCUACGCCUCUCUCUUUCUUCUUUCUAUUUGUUUUCUCUCUCAUUCGAUUCGAUAGCAACGGACAACCGAUUCAAUCUAACUCGUAUCUUCUUCGUGCCGUAUUCGGUUCCAUUCGGUUCCACUUUUCUUUGUUACGUGGAACGUACAAUGCAACAGUAUAAAUAUACAGCCAUAACGACGAUUAGUUUCGCUAAUGAAUUAUAUUUCUAAUGUGUUUUUGUAGAACGAACGAAAGCACGCUCGCUCGCCCGCCCGCCCGCAUGCAUCAUGCACGCACGCACGCUCGAACUAUCGUAACGUGGCGAUAGCGUAUGACCUAGUCAUUACCAAAGUAACUUCCCUACUCUACACGCUGCGAAUUUGUUGAUUAAGCUCUUAUGCCACUUCUUUGAGAAGCGCCAAUCGACGCAACCCGUUCUAUCUUUACUCUUGUCUAUUUUAAAGAGCGAUAAUCUAAGUGCAUUCUUUUGUCUUUCCUUUAAAUUUAAUGUCGAUACUUUCUCUCUAGCAGGACUUCCUCGUAUACGUGAAGUUCCAUUUUUAUUAUCCUUCUCAUUGUCUUUCGAUUAGGAUAAAUUUUAUUUGUCUUCUUUCUCUCUCUCUUUGUCUCUCUCUUUCUCUCUUUCUCUCUCUCUCUCUCUCUCUCUCUCUCUCUAUAAGACUGAACAGUCGGACAGGAACGAGGCACAAAACGAUUUGUCGCCAGUCGCUCUUUUAGAUCUUACGCGUUUCUUAUUCUUAUUUUUAUUCUUAUUCUUAUUCUUAUUCUUAUUCUUAUUCUUAUUCUUAUUCUUAUUUUUAUUCUUAUUCGACUGAUCUUUGCACGUUGCUAAAAAAGGUCCCCUCGAAAAGACUUCGAUAAAUCUGUUUUUUUUUCUCUCUUUUCCCAUUAUUUUUUCUUCUCCCUUGCUCUCUUCCUCUUUUCCAAACGAUUCUCAAUUUCAAGUGCAUCGCGUCGCAUCUCCUCUUUUUAUUAGCGUUUUUUUUGUUUCGUUUUUUUUUUUUUUUUAUAGUUCGAACGAAAACGCCAAAGUAUCGUACUUUUAUUAUUAUAUAUGAUUUAUUACGAUAAAAAUGUCUCUCCUAAUAUAAUUUACUAUAUUUAUUUGUUUCUUGUGUUAAAUAUUAAUACAUAUAUGUAUGUAUAUACAUAUGUAUCGUAAAUGUGUGGUGGAGGAACGACAUGCGUAAUUGUUUUUAUUUUUUUUUAUUUUUUGUUCUCUCUCUCUCUCUCUCUCUCUCUUUCUCUCUCUCUCUCUCUCGCUAUCUCUAUCUCUAUUUCCAAUGUGUAACAUAUUUUACUACGUUGAUUGUGAUGUAGCAUAGAAGGAUGUUAGAUUCGUAGACGACUAAGAACACUUCGUUUUCUUUUCUUUUCUAUUUUUAUCUUUGCACGAUGGCUUGGUCAUCAAGGCAAGUUUUUUUCCAACACAUAUAAUAUAUUUUUCGGCGGGUAUUUACGUUUCUUUGAAAUCAGUUUGCUAAUAAUCUCGACCAACGAUAAAUCGUUUUCCUCAUAAGACGAUAAUAUGAUCUCCUCAACUUUCACCUUCUUCAUGUUCCCAUCAAUCUUUUCCUUCGAUACCAGGCAAAACGGUAACGAUCAAAACGACCGUCAUCGACAUUAACGAACAGUAAUCGUAUUUUGAAAAAUGUCAAAAACGUACGAAUAAAUAUGAUUAAAAUAAUUACAUAUAAAAUUAUAUACUAUAUACAUAUAAUAUAUAUAUAUAUACAUAUAAUUAUAUUUAAUCAUAUUUAUAUAUAUGAAAUCAUAUAAAAGACUCGUACGAUUAAACUAUCAGAUGGAUUUUCAAAGUCGUAAGUUCAUUAUUAUGAACUUUAUGCUGGUUGUGUCGUAAUAGCCGUGAGGUUCACCAUCUUUUUAUCAAUUUUAUAUGUAGGAAAUUUACAGUCAUCGUUAAUCAGAUGACACGUCGAUUUUAUAUUCGCUAAAAAAAAAAGAAAAAGAAAGAAAAAAUAAGAAAAGAAAAGAAAAAAGAAAAAGAAAAAGAAAUACAAAGAAAUUCGAAUAGAUGAAACAGAAAUUGUCAUUCCUCUUUUUGAUUUCGAAAUUGCUAUAGUUCCUUUGAACGCGUUAUCGCAAAGUUUCGCGUGCCUUAACAUGGAUGACAAGACAGUCGGCGUUCGUUUUGAAAAAACUACGGUAAAAGAUAGAACGCGUUUCGUACUUUGAUGAUAUAAUAAUAAUAUUAAUAAUAAUAAUAUUAAUAAUAAUAAUAAUAAUAAUAAUAAUAUAAUUUUAAUAAUAUUAAUAAUUAAAAAUAAUAAUAAUAUAUAGAUACACAUAACACAUAUUUAUAUACAAAUGUUUGUACCGCUCGUAAUAAGUUUAGAAACAUUAGGUUUCUACUCGUAUUUUCUUCUCGAAAUGUUUAGCUUUAUUAGCGAAGUGAUUAGCGAAGUAUAAGGCUGUUAUAUCACAAUUCUAGUAAAGUCAAUUGUACGUACCUAAAAAUAUUGAUGCGAAAAGUAAAACGUCGAAUGAUCCUUUUCUAUAUACAAACAUAUCGGGUGUGUUAAUAUGCGUUUCUCCUCUCUCUCUCUCUGUCUCUCUGUCUCUUUCUCUCUAUCUCUAUUUCUCUCUCUCUCUCUCUCUCUCUUUCUCUCUUCGAGACGUCUCGAAGGCAAAAUGAAUAAGCUGGGCAAAAAGUGUCGAUGAGAGUACCUUUUACGUACAAGAAUGCCAAAUUGCAGCGUCACCAAAGAUGCGUCAUGUGAAUGAAAGAAAGAAAAUAAAAAAACAAAUACAAAGAGGAAAGAAAUGAAAGAAAGAAAAAAAUAUAAGGGAGAAGAAAAGAAAGAAAGAAAAUGGCGUGACUAUGCGUCGUAUCCAAAUAUUGUUCCUAUGAUAUUUUCGCGUUUUACACGUAUAGUUCACAUCUCGUAACUCUUGAUGGAGACAACGCUCGUUAUCGUUGCAACGCGUUGCCUUUCGUUUGCUCUCUAUUUUUGAUACGGCCGUAAACGAUAAAAUAUUUAUUCGCGAACUAUGUUAAACGUUCUUUGCGCGAUUCCAUUGAAUCUAUGUAAAGAAGAAAAGAAAAAGAAAGAAAAACGUUCGUCACGUCGGCAAAAUUACGUUUCCCUCGAAAAUUUUAUAUUGAAAUGUUUGCGACUUGAUUUUACCGACGGGAUGAUCAUUCGAAUAAUAAUAAAAUAAAAUGCACAGCGAUAUUCGAACGUAUCGAAUUCGUUGUCUUCUGCAAGUUUCUAAUGCGCUAUGGCUGGAAAAUAGGCAGAGUAAGCGAAUUUUAAGAGCGUUGAUUAUUAUUAUUAUUAUUAUUGUAAUUUUUUUUGUUUUUUUUUUUUUUUAUGAAAACAGACACCGUUUCACGCGCUGAUAUAACUUUAUAUAUUAGCCUUAUACUUAUCGAUAAAGUAUAAAAUCAAUCUGCCAGUCGAUGUAGCGUUUUGACGAAUGAAAGCUUUGUACGAGAGGUGGUCUGCCGAUGUAAAGAAAUUAUGCGAAAUACAGGUUCUGUUGUAA